ACAGGGUUUCUGAAGCGGUGUGCUGGUUCAAGAAUGAGGCAGAGUGAUCUAAGUGUGGCGUGGGUGGUAGUGGGCGUGGUAGUGGGCGUGGUGGUGGGCGUGGUGGUGGGCCAACAGCAGGAGCAGCACAGGUCAUCAGACGAGUGUAAUGUUCAGAGGAAGUGUGAUGACUGUCUCCAGACUCCGGACUGUAUGUGGUGCUCCAGGCUCAAGGAGUUGGGUGAGGGCCAAGUAGUGCCUCGAUGUCAGGAUAUGUCAGUGGAUUCAGACACCUUCUGUCAACCCGGCCACUCGGAGAAAAUUGUUAACAAUGAAACAAUCGUUCAGUCGACGGAGUUUACAGAAGCAGGAAGAGACAGAACUGGAAGUACUGGAAGGGAAGAAAAGAUCGUCCAGUUAAGGCCACAGAGAAUGAAGCUCAUACUAAGGAAAGGAGUACCCCUCAACAUCACUCUGAAGUACCGCCAGGCCGGAGACUACCCGGUCGAUCUCUACUACCUGAUGGAUCUGUCUAACUCCAUGAAAGAUGAUAAGGAGCAGUUGGCUACUUUGGGGUCGAAGUUGGCGGACCAGCUGAGAAUCCUCACCAGUCAAUUUAAUCUUGGCUUCGGAUCCUUCGUCGAUAAAGUGCUGAUGCCGUAUGCUGACACCUCGCCCAAUAAUAAUCAAGUAAAUUGA